GACUCCAGGGGUUCAUUCCAUAGAAGCGAAACAUACAGACCUACUUCGGGCAAAAAUGAUGGUACUGAAAGUAGAGGAGCUGGUCAUGGGGAAAAAGAAUGGCAACGGAGAGACAGGGGAGUUCCUGCCUGAGGAUUUCAGAGAUGGAGAGUACGAAGCUGCUGUUACUUUAGAGAAGCAAGAUGACCGGAAAACACUUCCUGGUCACCAUGAGAGCCUGAGGGAGCAACAGUGGAAAAGUGAGAAAGAGAGAGAGGCAGAGCUCAAGAAGAAGAAACUAGAACAGAGAUCAAAGCUUGAAAAUUUAGAAGACCUUGAAACAAUCAUUCAGCUCAAGAAAAGAAAAAAAUACAGGAAAACAAAAGUUCCAGUGGUGAAGGAAUCUGAACCUGAAAUCAUUACAGAACCUGUGGAUGUGCCUAGGUUUCUGAAGGCUGCGCUGGAGAACAAACUGCCAGUAAUAGAAAAAUUCUUGUCAGACAAGAACAAUCCAGAUGUCUGUGAUGAGUAUAAACGGACAGCUCUUCAUAGAGCCUGUUUGGAAGGACAUUUGGCAAUUGUGGAGAAGUUAAUGGAGGCUGGAGCCCAGAUCGAAUUCCGUGAUAUGCUCGAAUCCACAGCCAUCCACUGGGCAAGCCGUGGAGGAAACCUGUAUGUCUUAAAGUUGCUGCUGAACAAAGGAGCAAAAAUCAACGCCCGAGAUAAGUUGCUCAGCACACCGCUGCAUGUGGCCGUGAGGACCGGCCACUGUGAGUGCGCAGAGCAUCUCAUCGCCUGUGAGGCUGACCUCGACGCCAAAGACCGAGAAGGAGAUACCCCUCUGCAUGACGCCGUGAGACUGAAUCGGUAUAAAAUGAUCAGACUCCUGAUUCUGUAUGGCGCGGACCUCAACAUCAAGAACUGUGCUGGGAAGACCCCGAUGGAUCUGGUGCUGCACUGGCAGAAUGGAACCAAAGCAAUAUUCGACAGCCUCAAAGAAAACUCCUACAAAACCUCACGCAUAGCUACAUUCUAAGGGAAAUAACAACGGACUCUUUCACCAACUGCUUUACACCGGCAUUUUGAAGGCACGACCCAAGAGAAGAGCAACUACCUGUAAAACCUAGCUUUGGUUUAUCAAACUGUGGUAAAGCUGUACCUAACAAAGUUUCGAGAAAGCACAGGGAUAUAGGCAUUACAUUUCCAUUAGUUUAGUGAAAUUCACCCUAUUUAUUUUUAUUUAUUCCAGGUUAUUUAUUUACUUGGAUGCCACUGAUAUUUCGAGCCUUCCUGAUAAUCAUUUGGUGAUCAAAGCUUAAAUUUGUGUAUACAUUUCCAGAGCCUUCCCAGAAACGGUUCUUAAACCAG